AAGAUGGUUUUCUCAGUUAUACUUAACCUGCUGCAAAACUCACCACUGUGGAACAGUGGCACUUGGGAGGGCUUCAAUGGCUCUUCUUUCCUUCAUCCUUAAACAAAGGUACUCCCUCCAAAGGUCCCUCACUUUUACCUCAAUACCCAACAUAUCCUCCACCCUCUUCUCUACUCUCUGCAGAGACCACCACCCCUCUCCUCCACCUUCACCAUCACAUGCCUCACCGCCGGUCCCAAAGAAAGUACCUUUCACAGUCUCAGCUCACGGCAGAACGUGGCAGGACCCUUACCGUUGGAUGUCCAACACCGACGACCCUGAUCUCUCCGUCCACCUCGCCCAGGAAAACUCGUACGCCGACGCUUUCAUGGCUGACACUCACGCCCUGCAGCGCACUCUCCUCUCUGAGAUGACAAGUCGUAUGCCGGCCGAGAUUUCCACUCCUCCUGAGCCUUGGGGACCCUGGUUGUAUUACCAGUACAUUCCUGAGGGCAAAGAAUACCCGGUUCUUUGCAGAAGAUUAAAACGUGGAAAAAACGAUUGGUUUAAGAGUUUUCUUCGUUUUGCAAGAAGAGGAUUUGGAAAUGAGGAAGUUUUGCUUGACUGGAAUGAAAUUGCCAAGAAAUAUGGAAAGCUUCUUUCUUUCCUUUUCGUGUGUUAUGUGCAUGUUGGUACAUGUCGAAUUUCACCAGACCACCAUUUCCUAGCAUACACACUUGAUAUCAAGGGAAAUGAACAGUUCAUUCUUCAAAUUAAGGACCUAAGACGCGGAUGUAUCAUUCCCAAAGUACAAAUUAAUGGUGUGGUUAGCUUGGCCUGGGCUGAGGAUAGCAGUACUCUGUUUUAUACACUAUCAGAUGAGAAUCAACGACCUUACAGGCAUGUUUUAUCUCUGCUAUUUCUCUGCUCAAAACUAGGAUCUGAUGAUAUGGAUGAUAUAACUGUGUUUACAGAAAGUGAUUCCAGCUUCUGUGUAGACAUUACAAGCACAAAAGACAGCAAGUUUAUAACUAUCAAUUCAAAUUCAAGGACUUCAUCUGAGGAAGGAAUUUUUCUAGCUAAAUUUAUAACUUUACAGGUUUAUUUGAUAGAUUCUGCCAACCCAUUAGGCGGUUCGCAUAAAGUGUGGAAGCGUGUUCCUGGUGUACAGUAUUUUCUGGAACAUCAUCACGGAACAUUUUAUGUUCUUACUAAUGCUCCUUUAGAUGAAAGCAAGGACUGGUCAGGUGAAGGUUAUUACCUAGCUACAUGCUGUGCUGAAGAUUUACAGUCAUCUAGUUGGCAGAAUAUCAUCCUUCCAAGUGAAGACUUCAGCAUUCAAGACAUGGACAUGUUUGAUGGGCAUCUGGUCCUUUUUCUUAACAGGAAGGACUACUCUACUUUUUGUUCAAUUGAUUUGCCUAUGGCUGUUGAUUGUAAGCAUCAAGUGAAGAUUGAAGAUCUUGAUCCCUGGUUUUUCCCUCUGCCUUCAAAUUUAUGUAGCAUUGCUUCAGGUUCAAACCAUGACUUCCAGAACUCAGCAUACCGUGUGGUGCUUUCUUCUCCUGUGAUGCCGGAUGUGGUUAUUGACUAUGACAUGUCAACACGGAGAUUUUCAGUUGUGCGGCAAGAAGAAGUAAUGAGCAUUUCUGAUACAAGCCCACCAGCCAAUGAGUUAGAUAUGAACCAAACUCUUGUUCAACAAAAUGAGUACGAUAAAAAUGUCCAUAUAAGUGAAUCACAAAGAUGGAAAGACUUUUCUGGUAAAUACUGCUGUGAGAGGAAGGAAGUUAUUUCUCAUGAUGGUGUUAAAGUUCCCUUGACCCUACUUUACUCUCGUAUGUCAUGGGAAAAGGGUCGGUCUCCCGGGCUUCUGCACGGAUAUGGAGCAUACGGGGAGGUGUUAGAUAAAAGCUGGUGCACUGAUCGGCUGAGCUUGAUUGACCGGGGAUGGGUGGUGGCAUUUGCUGAUGUGAGGGGUAGUGGUGGAGAUUCUUCAUGGCAUAAAGCUGGGAGUCGGGUUAAUAAGCUGAAUUCGAUUUACGAUUUUGUAUCAUGUGGGAACUACCUGACUGAAGAGGGUUAUGUACAUAGAGAUCAGCUUGGUGCUAUUGGAAACAGUGCUGGAGGUCUUCUUAUUGGAGCAACAAUCAAUAUGUACCCAGAUCUAUUUCGCGCUGCUAUUUUGAAGGUUCCAUUUCUUGACGUAUGCAACACUCUAAUGGAUCCCAAUUUGCCCCUCACGAUUCUGGAUUAUGAAGAAUUUGGCAAUCCUCAGAUUAAGUCCCAAUUUGAGUAUAUUAUGAGUUAUUCACCUUAUGAUAAUAUUUCUCAAGGCAGUUGUUACCCUUCAAUGCUUGUUACAGCAUCCUUUCACGACUCAAGGGUGGGGUUUUGGGAAGCGGCCAAGUGGGUGGCGAAAGUUCGAGAUAGCACAUGUUCUCAUUGUUCUUCUUCUGUUAUUCUGAAGACAAACAUGGCUGGGGGACAUUUUGGCGAGGGUGGACGCUAUGCUCAAAGUGAGGAAACUGCAUAUGAUUAUGCUUUCCUAUUUAAAGCUAUGGGUAUGCUGAAGAAUGGAAAAUAAGUCUCGAGUGUCUCACUAUGGAAGUUGGUCAUAGAAGAAAGCAGACGCAUAGCUCACUAAAGUCCCAGGUAAGGAACACAAUAUAUUUCUUGCAACCUCGCUGGAAAACUAAAGGAUAAGGAACUGAGGAGUCAGGUAUUUAGCUUUUUAAACAGCCAACACUGACUAACCUCAAUAACAUUUUCAACAAACGAGAUCACUUCUGUACAAGGUAGAGCAGCUCCAGAGUGACAGAGAAUUGUAUAAUACGUAGUGCAAGCCUCUGGAAUUCUCCUCAAAUGAAGUUGCUCACAGAUGAUGAGCGCUUAUGAAAGAGGCUCUCUCCUCCAAUGAAGUUUGUGGAGGCCAGGUUCACUGGCAAAGUCAUAUUUAGAUGUAGCGACAUUCAUAUUGGAUAUGGAUUCAUGGCAUUAUUAUAUGAUUGCAAUCCUUAACCCACAUUUGGCCACA